AUGUUUCUGUCUCUUCCUACCUUGACUGUUCUCAUUCCACUGGUCUCUUUGGCAGAAAACUACCCAUAUGGCUGCACUAGCACAACCAGUCUUUGGUUUUACACUCUGUUCUUGCUGAUUACCAUACCAGUGUAUGCAUUCUUCCAACGUUGGACUCAGAUGGCUAUUAAACUGUUCAGGUAUAAUUAA